CUAUGAUAAUUCUGUACACUGAGUGAUCGAGGGGAUCUCCCAUCUAUUAUAAUUCUGUACACUAAGUGAUAGGGGGGAUCUCCCGUCCUAUGAUAAUUCUGCACACUGGAUUGGGGAGGAGCUCUGUACACUGCUUGGUUGGGGAGUAAUAGUAAUUCAAAUUAAUGUAACCACUCCCAGAAACUGAAACUUCUGCUAAAUGCAUCUUUCACUUGAGUUUCAAAAGGUUUGAGAACUUAACAAGACUUAGAGCUGUCGGUGAUGACCGGGCUGGAUGUGACAGGUCUCCUGUGUAUGAUGAUCAUAUCGGUGUCAUCAGGAACGGUGUAUAUACAGAGCGGAUCAGACAUCACUGACUGUAAUAUGAAGUGUCCUGAGGAUGAUGUUACUGUGGAACUGUUCAAAGACUGUGGAUGGGAGGAGAAGACAUUGCUGGAAAAUCUCUGUUAUAUAAAUGCCACUAAAUCACAUGACUCCAGACUCCAACUGCACACAGGGAGCGGCUGCUGGAAGCUGACACAUGCCAGGAGGGAUGAUUCCUGUGUAUAUAAGGUCUGGUGUCACUGUGCUCCGGGAUAUCUAAUAUCCUCUACAGAGAUCCGUGUUCUGGAUCCGGUUCUCAUCUCCAACAUCACCAGUAACUGUAGCCGGCUGGGUGAGGAGACGGCGGUGAGCGUCCAGUUCUCUGGAGAAGAGCGCGCUGUGACCUGGGAGGUGGACGGGGAGUCUCUCCCUGAAAGAUACCGGCUGAUAGAUGACAAUAGGACUCUGAUUAUCCACGGUGUGCAGAGAGACGACGCCGAGAGGAGAUUCCGGGUCAGGAUCACAAACCCGGUCAGUAACGUUACCCAGGAAUACCGGCUGGAGGUCAGAGGUGAGAGGGGCAAUUACUGGGGGGCUAAUCUGAUCUGUAUAGAAGAUUAUCAUAGUGGGAAUGUGACACAGAAUAGUAACAUUGUAUCAUGUUGUCUCUUCUCUGCUCUCCUGAUGGAGGAUUAUACAGGUGAGAUGUCACAUGACUGCCAUACAAACUGAUACAUUGUAUAUUUAUCAUGUGUAUCUAAAUCUUUUAUAUGUUGUAUCUACAUUCCAUUUACUUUCUCACAGAUUUGAAG